UGAGAAACAGCGCCCCUAUAGCUACAAAUCGGUACUUGUGGUUUCGCCCCCGCGUCAUAGAUGUCGCUCUCUGUUUUUCAUCAAAAAGCCUUUUACACGCGGGGAGCAAGAUGUUGACUUCCGGCGCUAAAAUAUUGAAAACAGGCGGCACCGAGCCCGAUGCUUUCGAGACUCAGAUCUCGCAGGCUCUUCUGGAGCUGGAGAUGAACUCUGACCUGAAGGCUCAGCUGAAGGAGCUUCAUGUUACAAAAGCUAAGGAGAUUGAACUGAACGGCAAGAAGAGUAUCAUCAUCUACGUGCCGGUGCCGCAGCUCAAGCAAUUCCAGAAAAUCCAGACCCGCCUCGUUCGAGAGUUGGAGAAGAAGUUCUCUGGAAAUCAUGUGGUGUUUGUUGCGGAGAGGAAAAUUCUGCCCAAGCCCACCCGUAAGACGAGGGCGAAGAACAAGCAAAAGCGGCCUCGCAGCCGUACUUUGACUGCUGUUUAUGACGCCAUCCUGGAGGAUCUUGUGUUCCCCGCUGAAAUUGUUGGCAAGAGGAUCCGAGUGAGACUGGAUGGAUCACAGUUGGUUAAGGUUCACUUAGAUAAAACCCAACAGACCAACAUUGAACACAAGGUUGACACCUUUUCCGGGGUAUACAAGAAGUUGACUGGCAGGGAAGUCAGCUUUGAAUUCCCUGAACCCUAUCUGUAAAAUUUGGUUGAAAUAAACUUCAUUAUAAAACUCA